AUGAGUACCAAAGCAGAUAAUCCCUCAAAUGCUCAUGAAGACAAUGCUCAUGAGAAUGAUACUCAUCAAGAUACAAAAUGCAAACAAGAUGAAUUCUUACACUCGGAUCAUUUAAAUUUCAUUAAUAACACAUACAUUUCAGAUGAAGAUGAUACUGAUUACAAUGAAGAUAUUUUUAAUUUGUCUUCUGAUAUAAGCGUACCAUUAUAUGAAAAUUCUCAUAUUUCAGUUAAAGUUGCUGCUACGAGCAUCAUGUCUAUGGCAAUAGAACUUGAUAUUCCAAAACAUCUUACUGAACGUAUAUUAAAAUUUAUCAAAACGCUCUCACCUAUUCCACAUUGUUUACCUACGAUUCAUCGAUCAAUACUUAAAUCAAUUGGUGUGAAGCCCACAUCAUCAUCUAAAUUUUAUUGUAAUUCUUAUCUUAAAUUAUGUGCAUUACGUUCUGGACACAAAUUUUGUGACAAUGAAAAAUGUGAAUUGAUUAACAAAGCUGAACGAAAUGGGAACAUUAGUGAAGCUGUCACUUUAGAUAUCAAACAACCGUUAAAGUCAAUAAUUACUAAAAAUAUUUAUUUAUUCGGUAACAAAAAAAUUUUUGAAUCUUUCGACAUCAGCCAUGAUACCCAUUAUUAA